AUGCCAAACCCGGCAGAUCCUGAGACACGACCUGAGGAGGGCAAGGCGAACAUGGGCGAAACAUCACCAGAUUCAAACGCGCCGGCCAUCCCUACGAACUCAAAAAAACGAAGUUCUACGGAGCCCGCCUCAACAGCGAACGCAUCUAGAUCUGGAGUCUGCGGAAUCUGCAACGUCAAUGUCGGAAAAUACAAAUGUCCUAGGUGUCGCAUGCCAUAUUGUUCAGUAGCAUGCAACAAAACACACCGAGAAAACCACCCUCCCGACCCCGAACCACCCCAAGCACUGCCCUUAGACCCAACGCCCAAAAACGCCGAGAAACCAAAAAUCGACCCGUCUAACCCCUUCGGCGUCCUCGAAUCUUCCGAAAAAUUACAAAUGCUAUUUAAAAAAUAUCCUCAUCUCCCCGACCAACUGCUUCAGAUCCACGCUGCCACGCAACCACCGUCGCAACCCACCACCCAACCGCCGGCCUUCUUGGGCGGAAGACCGUCCGAGAGUCGUCGCCUUGAAAAGGAAAUCUGGAGUCGAGCCACGGGUAUACGGAGAGGUAAAGAAGCCCUUCAUCGCGCGAGGGAAGCCGCUGGGGAGGAAGGCGAAGCCGUACGCGAGUAUCAGGAGCUCGUGCUCCAUCUUCUCUCGAACAGAGAAGAGGGUGAGGGCGCGGUGCAGAAGAGGUUGGCGGAUCAGGAUAACGAGCUGCUCAGAAAUUUUGUGGCUGCCGAGACUCGUCGGUCCAAGGAUUAA